GCUCCCAAUUCUGAUCUCAACGCGCUGUACUGUGCGUAGUGCUGCAAGUGACGGCUGAUGACCCCAAGGAUCGCACUGUGCGCGCUUGGGGUACAUGUAGACAGGGGCUCGUUUGUCUUUCACUCAGUCACACAUUGAUUGAAAGAAUAGACGUCUGACCGCACCUUGUAACGGGAGAUCCAUUUCUAUUGCCAAUUUAGCCAAGAUGAAAGCUCUCAAAAGGUUCGCGAAAAGGUUCAAGCGACGUCGUCCCAAACCGUCUCAGACGAAGCCCCAAGUUGUCGACGCGGAACCAAACCAGCCUCUUCCUCUUCUCGCCCCAACGGCCCAAGUUGUACCAGAGUCUACCUCACUGCCACCGUCAACAGAUACAUACGGCGCAUUUUCGCGCCUCCCGACAGAAAUCCGGCGGCAGAUUCUCACCUACGCCUUUGGCGAACGCACGGUGCACAUCGACCUAUCUUGGCGCCACCCUCUGGUACGGCGCUCUGCGCCCGUGUCCGGGGCAGGGCCACAAGGGGCGUCAAAGAAGCACUGUGGACUGGGCGAACAACUUGUCGAGGAUAACACGCUGCCAAAGCGGUGGCAGUGGUUCAGCUGCGUGUGCCACCGGAGUGCCGAGACGGAGAAUCCGACAAGGAUCGCAUUUUUCAAGUUGGAGACGACAAUUUGGCCCUUUGAAGACAAGUGCCUCGAGGGCGAGUACUGCGACUGCGGUGGAAGCGACAGGCCAGGGCAAGGACAGGAGGACUGUUUCCUCGGGGUGAUUGGGUGGCUGCUCGCUUGCCGUGGGGCAUACAGUGACGGCGUGGACGUGCUAUUCUCGACGAACACGUUCUAUCUCUCGAGUGUUCCCCUGCUGCUCAAUAUGCGGCGCCUGAUAUCGCCUAAUGGGGUUGAUAAGAUCAAGUCUGUGCAGCUCGCUUUAGGAGAGCCUCGACUCACUCGAUUUGCUAAAGACCCUCUUGUACAUGGCCUGUGGAAGGGGACCGACAAGGAGGAGAAGGCCUGUGCUUUCCCACAGGUUUGUUCCACGGUGCCAAACCUCUUUUCUAAUGUGCGUCGUCUGGAGCUUUAUGUGCAGAGCCAACUAUGGCCUUCGCGAGACGUUCCCGUGGACCAAAGAGUGCCUCUGUUGGUGCGCAACGUGAUGGAUCCCCUCGAGGACAUGGUACGCUCCCUCGGCGCAGACAAGCAGGUCGUUAUCGCCGUCACCCUGGAGGCUCAUAAAGCCCUCAUGCAGAAGCACGGAGAGCUCGAGGGUGCCGCAUUCCGGUGGGAGCCCGAGGCGGGCGCCGAUGACUCCAUCGAGCGAUACGGCCGGUUUUGGAGGGCUCUCGGCAGCGAUGACAACGGGAACGAGGUAGGGUACUGGCUGCGCACCGGCUGGAACGACCAUGACAUGGUAAAUCAUCCGUAUAUGACGUACUGCUUCGGUUCAGGAGGCAGCAUAUUUGAUUUGUGGGGGUAUUAUAAGAGGGAGGCGGCGCUGGGCCGGUCUCAGUAUGGUAGCAACGUAACGUUCGAGGACUAGGGGCGUGAGUACAGGGCUGGCUCACACGAUGGAAGCAUUUACAUGUCAUUGGCGAGAUAAGCGACAAGGCCUCCGACUAAUGAACUGGACACAAGUGUGCCGCUGCUGCGGGAGGUUGCUGACGAUACUUGGAUACUGGGCCGGCUGCCCUUCUUAAGCGGUUAGCACUACAUACUAUACAUGA